AUGUCAACCCAAUCUGGUAUUAUCGCAGACCAAGGUUUGCUGGAUUCCUUGAACGAGAAUCUUUCCACGGACGGUGUUGUCAUUGUCAUAGCCAAGAUUUCCCCUGAUUCCACCUCGGUACAUCAAUUAGACGUAACCCAUAAUUUGGACCAAUUGGUUCAUUUGGCUUCGCAAAACAAGGAACCCCUGUACAUCUUCUAUAAGCCCCAGAAGGUUGCCAAAUACUUUUUCGUGUCAUUCAUCCCCGAUGGUUCUCCGGUGAGAUCAAGGAUGCUUUACGCCUCGACUAAGAACACGCUGGCAAGGCAGAUCGGCUCGAACUCUCUAUCCACGGAGCAGCCGUUGAUCACGGACGUACAAGAACUGGCGGACUUGAAAGAGCUUGAUGGUGAUCGUACUGUUGCUCAAAAUAAACCUUUGACGGAAGAUGAAAAAAUGCAAAUUGAAAUAAACAAACAGCAGACACUCUUGAGGAAAUCCGUCAACAAUAACUCGGUCAAACUUGUCUCCCAGGACAGCCCUUCACCUUUGUCACUGACUUUCAAGGUCGAUUCCGAGAGGCCUAUAGACGAAAUUUUCAGUAAUGACGGUAAAAACCUGAUCAUUUUCCAAAUCGAGCCUACGAAUGAAACAAUCCAGAUCGUGCAAUCAGAGACGUGCCCCUCUGUGGAUGCGUUACAAAUCGACUUGCCUGGGCCCAGCUAUACGAUAUUUAAGCAUGACAGUUUGAACUUCUUUAUCUAUUCUUGCCCAUCGGGCAGCAAAGUCAAAGAUAGAAUGAUGUAUGCUUCCAACAAGAACGGGUUCAUCAACUACUUGAAAAACGACCAAAAAAUCUCGUUCAGCAAAAUAUUGGAAAUUGGUGACUUCGUCGAACUAGACAAAUCGUCAUUGUCCGCCAAAAGUGACGAAGAUGACCUUGACCGUGGUUCCACUCCAGACCAAUCGAACAACGGCAGCUUGAGAUUCAACAAACCAAGGGGCCCAAUGAGGAAAAGAAGAACAUAG